AUGACAAAAACGAAGGAUAAGUCCACAAAAUUAAAAGGAUUUACGGUGGGAAUCGCGAAGCCGACAGACACUCCUGCACUAGCUGCGGGUGCAGCGACAGCGGAAGUAACACUGACGCAUACCGUGGCAGUUCCUUCAAGACGGAAACGUAAGAAACUGACUGACUCAGGCGUAGGGGCUUUAGGCAGUAGCGCGGCUACAGCAAAAGUGAAAGCCACAAAGAAUGUCAAAUCAAGAAAGGGAUCUACAGCCGCUUCAACUCCUUCAGAUACAUCCGGAGCAGCGGAGGAAGUACGCCAUGCACUCGAAUCGGAAGUAGGAUCAGAGGGUGAUUCCGAAUCAGACCCAACAGUAAAGGUUAUGAAAAGAGAUCAAAAUGCAAUAUGCAACCUACCUCCCCUGGUACACACUCUCAGAUCUGCUGACAAAAGACAAGAGGAAGAGGUGGAACAAGUCCAUAACGAGGUAGAUUCUGAUGUAGAUGGCAUUGAAGAGCAUCCAAUACUACUGGAAGAUAAAGGGAAGGAGCCAGCGCAGAAUCGACAUCCAGCAGAGUUUACUGUUGAUGAAAUGCUACAAUUUGUGUAUUCAAUGGAUCGCUUGGAUGUAACAGUUGUUCACUCCAAAAACAACCAACCGGUGGAUGCAAGAAGAAGAAGAUAUGGAGAUCCAAUCACCGCAUUGGACUCGGAAUUAUGA